CCCUACACAGCUCGUUGUCCACCAGAAAAUUGAGAUAAUGCUUAGAUCAGACUAGAUGCUGUGCCGUACUCUUUUUUAAACAAACUUGGCUGUACUUUUAUUCAGCCCUUUUUGGUUUUUGGUUUUUAGUUGUUUUUUAAGUCCUUUGUUGAAAGCUGUGCAGUGUAUUUUGGCACACUGUGAUAACGUUUUAUCACACAGUGCUUUUGUGGAUUUUUGUAUCUGUUUUUUCUUUCUUUUAAACAACAACUUCAGUUUCUUUCGUGCGGAGCAUCAUCAACGGUCAGAAUCUCAAGUCCGGUUAUAAAAACCUCCCAUAAAGGAAACAUGGAUGAAGUGACUCCACUGCUGCCAAGACAAUCAACAUCCAAGAUUAAAAACUCUGGACUGUACCUGGCCGCAUUUGCAGCGGUCCUGGGGAACUUCAACUCUGGUUACUCCCUUGUCUACCCGUCUCCCGUGCUGCCAUAUUUCCAGAGUCCCGACGCCGACCCUCGGCUCAGGAUGAACACCGAGCAGGCCGCCUGGUUCGGAUCUAUCUACUCCCUAGGUGCUGCAGCCGGGGGGCUAGGGGCCAUACUGCUCAACGACAUGAUUGGACGAAAGCUGAGUAUAAUGAUGUCGGCGUUGCCCUCAACUAUCGGGUACAUGCUGAUGGGAGGAGCUAUAAACUUGUCCAUGCUCCAGGUGGGCCGUUUCCUAAAUGGCGUUGCCGCGGGGAUGACUGCAGCAUCCAUUCCUGUUUACAUCUCAGAGAUCUCCCACCAAAAAGUGAGAGGAGCUCUUGGCUCCUGCCCUCAGAUCACAUCUGUAAUUGGGGCCCUGGUGCUCUAUGCUCUUGGUCUGGUGGUGCCAUGGAGGUGGCUGGCUGUGGCAGGCGAGGUGCCAGCUGUGUUGAUGGUUGUGCUGAUGGCGUUCAUGCCCUCCUCCCCCAGAAGGCUCCUCUCAAUGGGCCGGCAGCAGCAUGCUGAGAGGGUGCUCCGCUGGCUCAGGGGAAAUCAGUAUGACGUCCAGACUGAGCUCCUUGCCGUACAGCACAGCAUCGACACACAGCCCAAAAUCACAUGGUCUCAGCUGGGAACACCAACCUACUACAAGCCAAUCCUGAUCUCAGUGGGGAUGCGUUUCCUGCAGCAGAUGACAGGCAUCACACCAAUCCUGGUUUACAUGGAGCCCAUCUUUAAAAAGAGCAAUGUCCCCCUGCCACCCAGGUAUGGUGCUGCCAUCGUGGGUUUGCUGCGCCUCUGCUCUAUUGCCGUGGCAGCUUUUCUGAUGGACAAAGCAGGACGCAAGGCUCUGCUGUACACAUCGAGCAUGCUGAUGUUUUUGUCCACUCUGACUCUCACCAUGGUUUCUCACACCACACCUUGCCCUCCUGGCCCUGCUCCUCCAAACCACACCGCUCUGGACUACACCUCCCAUAAUGACUUUGGAAGCACUUUUAUGAGCAAUGCCCAAACUGCAGGGAGCAUCUUGCCGAUCAUAUGUACCGUGGUGUUUAUAUUUGGAUACGCCUUGGGAUGGGGCCCAAUCACAUGGCUGCUAAUGUCAGAGGUGCUUCCACUGGCUGCCAGGGGUAAAGCUUCUGGUGUGUGUGUCACCGUCAGCUGGCUGACGGCCUUCGGGCUCACGCACGGCUUCACACACUUAGUGGACACGUACGGCCUGUAUGUGCCCUACCUGCUUUUCACGGUGGUGUGCGUCGUCUCCCUGCUCUUCAAUGCUGUGUGCAUCCCAGAGACUCGCAAGCGCUCGCUGGAGGAAAUAGAGAACUACUUCAGGACGGGACGCACGUUCACCAUCAACCGGUCCAGCUGAGGCCUGCAUCAGUCUCAUUCACAUGAUGUACUUAUAAAGCAGGCAUGGGGGUCUUAGAAAAAUGAUCUGAUCUCAAACUUAACCAUCAUUAAGACUGAUUUCAACUAGCUGAAAAUAGUUAUCACCAGCUCAAGUAGGUUUCCAUUUAGGACCUUCAUUAAAGGUCAGAGCAAAUACACAUAACUGACAAUUUUAACAGCUACAUUUUAUCAUAUGAUUACUUUAUCAUCUAAUCAUCUAUUUUUCAUCUAAUUGUGGUAAUAAUUUUUAUACACUAGUCUAGAAUAAUUACAAAUUACAAAUAAUAUACCUCUGAUUGUUAUUUUGUAGAUUUAUAUAUGUCAGACUUCCAGCACAGCUUGGAAGCACUACUGUAUGAUACACAGAGACGAAACUACUGAAACAAUGAGCAAACAAAGCUCUAAACUAAACUUCCCAGAGGAAGUGGCCAGAGCACAGCAGUAGGUCCACAGAAACAUUUACUAGAAAAAAAUGAACAAAAACCUUCUGUUUUUAAUCACGGGACAGUCUGAUGUGCUUUUUCUGUCAUUUUACAAAUGUAUUUCCUACAAUUCCAGCCCAAAGAGUAAUGUUGACGGCAAUGUUUGUCUUAUUACUGGAAUAAUUUAGACAUACUGUUGAAGAUGCCCUUCUGUUUUCUUAUUAAAAAUAUCUGAGGGAUUAAAUGUGCAUUUAAACUUCUUUACAUUGGCAUGAACAGCGAGUUUAAGAGGUCCAGCCCACUUGAGAUCAAAGCUGGCCUGCGAUGUAAAAUGAAUUUGACAUUCCUGAUUCCCCAAAAAAGUUGACCGGCAGAACGUCUGGCAAAGAAGAAGAGCACACUGCCACCUGGUUUAGUGCAGCAGUGGCAGGUGUGGUGCAGAGACAUAGGGAAACAUAGGGCAGGAACUCCACCUUAAAAAAUUAUUUUGUUCGUGGAAGAAUCAUUCUUGAAAUCACACACACGGUCUGUUGGCACUUAUAGAGCUCCGGCAAAGGCUUAAAGUAAUAAUAAUAUGUGGGAGCAUGUGCAUGAAAACAUUGAAGCAAUCAAUAAGUAAUCAAAGUAAUCAAAGCAUUGAAAAAGUGGGCUGUCAGCUAAGGGCAGAAAACGAUGGCAUCAGGCUGGAUGUGACUCAGCAGGCCGAGUCACAUGCCGCAGGGCGCAGUCAGUGUUCAAGGUUUGGGUCUGACUCACCGUCCAGUGUCACCACAUCCUCCCAGUUUUUAGUAACAUCACAGAAACGAACACACAUGAUGCUUUGCAAAGGUUUAAGGCGCUCUGAGUUAAGCGUGAACCUCUUCUGUGGAAGCUGUCUCAGUGUCUCCUCAUGAAAUCUCACAUUGACCUCACUGUGUUAGGACCCAAACUCUAAGAGUGGGACACCGUAGGUCACAGGGCUUCUUGUUCUUCUUGUCAUGCUGCAGGGUGAAAUGGGACCAACCGGAUGCUUCCAUGAAGGUUGUCAAAGCAUCUUAACUGCCUAACUUGAGCGGCCGUGACAAGCGAUCAAAGAAUGCUUGGGAGUGGUAGGGACACCUCGACACACGUGUGUGACACAGUGUGCGAUUCUGUAGGGAUGUUUAGAGCCGUUCAACACCCACAUUUGCGAGGAAGGUUACAGGUGUGUUUAAUAACUGAGGUAUUGUUUUUUCCAAUGCGAAUGAGUCCAAUUAGGUGACACAUACGGUUUGCUCCUUAUAAAAUCAAAGAAAAGCUUUGUGGAAGCUGCUGUAUCGAAUGGUGCGAAUCUAUUGAGCUCAUUUUUUACGUAUAGAUUGUAAUUAAAUCACUUAUAGACAGAUUUAUAAGAGAUGGCACACAGAAGGAUUUCCAAGGAGGAUGCCAACCUGUUGACCCUGAUUCAACACCAGAACCAACACAUGAGCUUGUUAGAUGAGCAUUCCUGGAAGAAAUAGUUACAGUAACACUAAAGUCUUAACACACACACACACAAACCACAAAAAGGUACAAGUUCCUCAAGAUGAAUGGCCUCUUCGACGGCCUUUUCUUGCCUGCAGC